AAACUAUACAAUACACAUAUAAAAGCCCUUCAAUUCUUGCAAAAUUUCUCUUUUCACUCCCAAACUUCCUCCUACCCAUUAGCUUCUUAUCUCCAAAAAAUCCAAUUUUUUUUGACAAUUUUUUGCCUACUCUUCAGUUUCUGCAUAAUGGAUGAUCGCAAGGAGAAAACUGCACCAUGGCUAUCAGUGCCACAAUUUGGAGACUGGGACCAAAAAGGUGUGAUGCCAGACUACUCAAUGGAUUUCUCAAAGAUAAGAGAGAAUAGGAAACAGAACAAAUCAAGAGCCAGUCUUGGAAAUGAGGAAGAACUUAUUUCCACAACCAAUAGCAAAUCAAAUACAGUUCACUCAGCCCACAGUGAUGAUCUCCAAUUCCAUCAAAACCACCCAUCAACUACAAGAAGAAGCAUCUUCAGCUACUUCAACUGCUGUGUGAAAGCUUGAAGUUGAUGGGAUGGAUUGAUUUUUGUGUAUUUAUUUUUUCCAACUUCUCUGUAAUGAUUAAUGUUUCAAGGUGUAUGGAACUCUUCUAAGAAUUGCAAGUGCAUUAUUACAAGCCGUAAAA